AUGCCCGCCCUCUCGCCCACCAUGACGGAGGGCAACAUCGCCAGCUGGAAGGUCAAGGAGGGCGAGCGCUUCAGCGCCGGCGACGUGCUGCUCGAGAUCGAGACGGACAAGGCCACCAUGGACGUCGAGGCCCAGGACGACGGCGUCAUGAUGAAGAUCAUGUCGGCCGACGGCGCCAAGGCCGUCCAGGUCGGCACCCGCAUCGCCGUGCUGGCCGAGGCCGGCGACGACGUUGCCGCCCUCGAGAUCCCCGCCGACGAGAACAAGCAGCAGAAGUCGACCGGCAGCAGCAGCGAAGCCACGUCCGCCGCUCCCGCCGCGCCUGAGCCCACGAAGCAACAGCAGCCUCAGCAAAAGCAGAGCACCGCAAGCGAGACGCACGAGCAGCGCUACCCGCUCAUGCCCGCCGUCGAGCACCUCGUCAAGCAGAACGGCCUGAGCAAGGAAGACGUCAGCCGCAUCAAGCCCACGGGCCCCAGCGGCCGCCUGCUCAAGGGCGACGUCCUCGCCUACCUCGGCGCCAUCAACGCCGACACCCCCGCCGCCGUGUCCUCGCGCUUCGCCAAGCUCGCCCACCUCGACCUCAGCAACAUCAAGGUCGCCGAAGCGGCCAAGAAGCCCGCGCCUGCCCCCUCCGCAGAGGCCGCCGCCGCUGCCGCCCCUCCCGCGCCCCAGGCCCUCGAGGUCAACGUCCCCGUCUCGCUCGCCAAGGUCGUCGAGGUCCAGAAGCGCAUCCACGACACCCUCGGCGUCUUCCUCCCCGUGUCCACCUUUGUCAGCCGCGCCGCCGAGGUCGCCAACGACGACCUGCCCCUGGCCGCCCGCAAGCCCACCGCCUCGGAGCUCUUCGACCAGGUGCUCGGCCUCGACAAGGUCAAGGCCGCCGCCGGCUCCCGUGGCGUCUACCUGCCGCAAAUCUCCGCCAUCCCUCCCGCCUCAUUGCUCGCCGCCGCACCGCGACCCGCCGCCAAGAAGGCCGACAUUAUCGACGAGCUCGCGCCUCGCAAGAAGAGCAGGGCCGGUGCGGCGCCAGCUGGCGUGCCCACCGUGCCGGGCCUGUCGAGCGGCAUGAACGUCUUUAGCCUCGUAGUGCCCAAGGAGGAGGAGCAAAGGGCACACGUGUUCCUCGAGCGGUGCAAGGUCAUCCUGGAAAAGGAGCCUGGGCGGCUGGUGCUGUAA